AUGGACUUUUUGGACUACAUUGGAUUUUCGUCAAAGGACAAUAAUAUUUCUAAUGAAUCUAUGAAAGCUGCAAAUACCAUUGAUUUUUCUGAAACAUCUUCUCCGAUAUGGCUGUUAGGCUUGAUGUAUCAGCCUUGCCUGAUUUGCUCGGACGAACAGGGCGGAUCCAUGUUGGAUAGCUCAAUGAUGAUGACCUCAACGGCGUCUUCUUCAACUGGUACAGGUUUGGAGAACUCUUCCAUGUCAGUUUCUUCAUUACCGAAUUUUGCAGAUCAACCACAACAACAGCUUCCAACUCCGAAUACAAUCAAUAACACAAAUUCCAUGAUGAAUCAGCAGCAAAUGUAUGGACAAUUUCAACAACAACAGCAAGUUUCAAACAAUGAUGAAAAUUCACCCAAAACGCCCUCAAAACCAAAACGAUCUUUCUUUUCAAUGCCAAAGAAAAAGAAAACGUUUUCGGAUAAUGAUUUGGUGAAAAUUUACCACAACAAGUUACAAUUUGAGAGCUUUUUAUCAGAUUUUGAAUCAAGAUUUUGGUUAACAUACCGAAAAGAUUUUGAACCAAUCUCAAGCAACCCACUACCAAUGGAGCAGAUCGAAUUACAAACUGUCAAUAGCUUGGGAAAUUUAAGCUCAAUGAAUAGCAGUGGCAUUAUUAGCAGUCAGGGAAGCGCAUUGAGCUCAGGUGCAAGUCAUAAUGGAGAUGACACUCCAUUCUUGACAGGAUCAUUUACUAACUCUCCUCCACACGCUCAAUAUUACUUCAACAAUUCUAAUGGCGGAAAUCAAUCAACGAAAUCUGCCUCAUCCUCCUCACUAAGCAAACUGUACAGAUAUGUGAUUAACUACACGGCACCCACCUCCGAUACUGGAUGGGGUUGUAUGAUGAGAUCAGGUCAAAUGUUAUUAGCACAGGCCUUUUUAACACAUUACCUUGGCAGAAAUUUCCGAUUACCAACUACAGAUAGGACAAGAGGAAUGUAUCAAAUUAUUCAAAGUUGGUUCUAUGACUUGGACGCAUGCCCUUAUUCCAUUCACAAAAUCGCAAGAGCGGGAACCUACUUUGGAAAAAAGGUUGGAGAAUGGUUUGGACCUUCCACAAUAUCCUAUGUUUUGAAAUUGCUUGUUGAGCAACAUCUGAGAGGUGAAUUUGUGGUUCAUGUGGCGGAUCAAGGAGGAAUUUAUAUCGAUGAGUUACUUGGUAAAUGCGAGUAUGACUACGAGGAGUUUUCCAUCGAUGUGAAUAAUGUACAGAAAGAAAAUACAGAAUCUAUUUAUCCACAAAUUGAGUGCAUAGGUCCAAGACUGCGUGUGACAAAGAAAUGGAGACCCUUAAUCAUUUUAAUUCCCUUGCGAUUAGGUCUAGAAAAUUUUAACACAGAUUAUAUACCCUCAAUCAAAAAAGUGUUUGAAAUUCCUCAAACAUUAGGGAUAAUGGGAGGAAAACCUAAAUCAUCGCUAUAUUUUAUUGGAUAUCAUGACAAUGAAGUUAUUUAUCUAGACCCUCACACCACUCAGAAAUCAUCUCCAAAAGAAGAAACCUAUCACUGUAAAACGCCACUCAAAAUUCCAGUUUCCAAGAUUGAUCCUUCUAUGGCUCUCGGAUUUUUGUGCAGCACAAGGCAAGAUUUUGACGAAUUCUGCAAUUUAGCUAAUCAAUAUUUAACUCAUCGAUCUCAUCCUUUGGUUUGCAUUCGAGAGCAUAAGCCCCAAGAGAAAGAUUUGGAUGUUUUGUCAUUCGACGACAUGUCCGACGAGAAUAAUCACAAAGAACAUCACGAUGACGAGGAUGACGACAUUGUGUUUGUGUAA